AAGAGCGGGCGGGAAGUGGACUGGAAGGCGGAGAGAGAAAGAGAGCGAGAGCGAAAGAGAGAGGGAGAUAGAAGGAGAUAGGGCCAGGCGCGCUCACGCUCGGGGGAGGCUGAAAGCGCCUGCGCGCGGCGCGCGGGCUUCCCCGACUAUAUAAAGCGCGCGCGGGGCUGCCUGGCUAUAUAUAUAGACUGACAGACCGAGGCUGGGAAGCGCGCGCGCCUGACUCGAGGGGCUUGAAAAGCGCCUGCGCGCGCUGACUGAACUGACUCCAAACCCAACUGGCGGCGGUGUAAAAAGCUGUCUUUUCUCGCCAUGAUUUCAGCCAUCUCCAGCCCGUGGCUGACGCAGCUCUCGCACUUCUGCGACGUGGCGGCCUUCACGGCCAACAGCCUGAGCAGCCUCAACGCGGCGGCGGGCGGCGGCGGGGGCUACCACCACCUUUCCCCGUCGCCGGGGGACCCUUACGGCCAGGCCGAGCCGCCUCCUCCGCCUCACUACGAGCCCUGCUCGGCCCAGCAGCAGCAGCAACAACACCCGCCGCCGCCUCAGCAGCCGCCGCCGCCGCACCAUAGCAGCCAGCCGCCGCCUCAGCCGCCACCUCACGGCUAUGGCUUCGCGGGAGGCGCGGGUUCGAACCCGGCCUCGGCGUCGGGGGCCGAGACGCCGGAAGAGAGCCGAGGAGGAGGAGGAGGCGGAGGAGGAGGAGGCGGAGGGGGCGGGAACAACAACAACAACGGAGGCUCGGCGCCGGCCAAAGCCCCCGUCAAGAAGAACCCCAAAGUGGCCAACGUCAACGUCCAGCUGGAGAUGAAGGCCCUCUGGGACGAGUUCAACCAACUGGGCACCGAGAUGAUCGUCACCAAGGCCGGCAGGAGGAUGUUCCCCACUUUCCAGGUGAAAAUCUUCGGUAUGGACCCCAUGGCCGACUAUAUGCUCUUGAUGGAUUUCGUCCCGGUGGACGACAAGCGAUACCGCUAUGCGUUUCACAGUUCUUCCUGGCUGGUGGCUGGCAAGGCAGACCCUGCAACACCCGGGAGAGUCCAUUACCACCCUGAUUCCCCAGCUAGAGGUGCCCAGUGGAUGAAGCAGAUUGUCUCCUUUGAUAAACUCAAGCUGACAAACAAUUUGCUGGAUGACAAUGGACACAUCAUUUUGAACUCCAUGCACAGAUACCAGCCUCGCUUCCACGUGGUCUAUGUGGAUCCAAGGAAAGACAGUGAAAAGUACGCAGAGGAGAACUUUAAGACCUUUGUUUUCGAGGAGACCCGCUUCACGGCGGUGACCGCCUACCAGAACCAUCGAAUCACCCAGCUCAAGAUUGCCAGUAACCCUUUUGCUAAAGGAUUCCGAGACUGUGACCCUGAAGACUGGCCCAGAAAUCACCGACCUGGGGCCCUUCCUCUCAUGAGUGCCUUUGCCAGAUCCCGAAACCCCGUGUCUUCUCCGGUGCAUCAGAACGGAACUGAGAAAGAUGCAGCAGAAAGUCGGAGGGAAUAUGAGCGGGAAGCAGCCGGUGGGACCCCUCUCCACGCAGAUCCUGCCCACCAGCAGCUCAUGUCGAGGGUCCUGAGCCCAGCGCUCCCUGUGCCUGGGGGAGGAGGCCUGGUCCCACUCCCCAGUCCAGCGAGCAGCCGGCCCAGCCCCCCACACCACGAACUGCGGCUGGAACCUUCGGCUUCGGAGCCCCUUCACCACCAUCCCUACAAACACCCAGUCUCAGCUUACGACCAUUACCUGGGAGCAAAGAGCCGACCCACACCCUACCCUUUGCCCAGUAUCCGGGGACACAGUUACCACCAUCACCACCACCACCACAUGAAUCCAGCAGCAGCUGCAGCUGCGGCUGCAGCUGCGGCCGCAGCCAACAUGUAUUCCACUGCGGGCGCUCCAACCAGUUAUGACUAUGGACCAAGAUAACAUCCCUGAAGUGAGGUCCUGGAGCUCUGAUGGGCUUUCUGCAUGGUUUGAGUUGCUCAGUAGCAUUCGGUUUUUUUGGAGAGCACUAUUUUGUCAAAAGAACCGGCCCCUAGACUCCUUGUUUCCUUCCUCUCUCACACAGGUUUUCUCCUCCUCCUCUUCCUUCUCGUUCCCACUUGCACCAUCAGAUUCAUCAUUCAAGACUGGGUUUCUUUCUUUCCUUCCCCAUCCCGGGGGAUGAAAUGACCAGCCCGUUUUUCCUUGGCAGACCAGGCGGGCGUGAUGGAUGGAGGCCGGGGCUUCCGCUGAAGUGUUCUGCUCCACCUGCUUCCAUAUCUGAACGAUGCUGUUCUCUUUCCUCCAACCCUUCCCUGGACACAGUGAUUGGCAGCUGGACUCUUUUCCUUUGCUUUCUAAAUGAAGCCAUAUGUUGCAUUAUUCCCUUGCAGCUGUCAUCAUAGUAACCUUUUAGCGACUAUGCACUUCUUUCCUUCUUCAGAGUGCCCAAUGAACACCGCAGUUUAUAGGUAGGUCAGGCCAUUUUGUCAAUGGGACUGCAAACCAAGAGGGUAGAAUUUCUGUUUUGGCUAACACGAACCUAAGGCUGUCUGUGGUGGUAUAAACCAGGGACAGGGAGCAUGUGUCCCUCCAGAUGUUGCUGGAAUUUAGUAGCUCUGGUUCCUAACCAUUGGUGAAAAAGGAGAGACCUAAAAGCAAGGAAAACUCCAAGUGAUGUUUUCUGAGACUAUUGGCAGUCUUUUCUCUAUGUUGCUGCUUAAGUAUCCCCUUUUAGUUUAUUCUACCAAACUGGACAAUGAUUGAUUGAUAUAUAUAUAUAUAUAUAUAUAUAUAUAUAUAUAUAUAUAUAUUCUCAGAUAACACAUUUGCUAGACAAAGGAAGCUGCUGUGGUUUAAGAUGUACAUCAGUUGUCUUUGGACACGUUCUCUUUGUUGACUAGUUCCUUAGCCUCUGUCUUUUGAUGUAGGUAAGAGUCUGAGCAAUUUUGGAUUUAGGUAAGAUUUAGAGAAUAGAGCUUAUCCUCUAAAACAAGCAUGGGCAAACUUUGGCUUUCCAGGUGUUUUGGACUUCAGUUCCCACAAUCCCUAACGGCUGGUAAGCUGGCAGGAAUUUCUGGGAACUGAAGUCCAAAACACCUGGAGGGCAGAAGUUUGCCCAUGCCUGCUCUAAAAGCAGUCCAGUCAACCUUCUGUUGCCUUUUGCCAUUCAUCCAGGUCUGUUUAAGGCUACCCCACUAUAUGCACACUCUCUUGACAGAAGGUCUCAUUGAAUUAAGUGAGGCCUUCUGAAGAACCAUGUCUCCAAGUGGGCUGCUGGUAUAGCAAAGUGUCAGAUACUGUUUCUGACUGCUUUGCAAGGAAUUUUAGAGGAAAUUGUCUUAUUCUUAGACUGUUGGUCCCUCUAGCUCAGUAUUCUGUCUCAGAGGUGAGACUGACGCAGCUCCCAUCAGGCUUAACCAAAAAAGGCAUUGCUCCUAACUGGUUGCAGCUCUCCAGCAUUUCAGAUGCAUAUUCAACCUGAGACCUUUUGUACACAAGACACAGAGCUUGAAAAGUACUGAUGCCUUAAUCUGAAAUUGUGAGUAAAAUCUUGUUUAUUGAUAGGUAAAGUGUUAUGAAAAGAUACAAAAAUAGUGUGUUGAUUGUUAAAUCAUCACAUUUAACCCCCUUAGGAUUGCUAAGAAGGAUACAUGAUGAUCUUCCCUCUCUCUCCAUAUUACCCCCUAUGAGAAAUAAGAGAUCUCAAAGUCAGUUUGAUCCAAAAUCCUGCUGACAUAGAUCAUCAAUUGUUACAGUAUCCCUGAUAGGUUUUCUGAAGAGUAUUCCUAAUAGUUUACCUGCUGCUACAAUAUCUCCAAUAAUGAGGCCAUGGAUCCUGUAUUUCAAAACCUCCAAUGAAGAAUCUAUUGGCUUCCUAGGCAGUCUCUUCCACUCUUGAACUGCUGGCAUCAUUAGAAAGUUCUUCCUAAUAUUGAAAUGAACUCUCCUUUCUGGGAAUUUGAAUCUCUUGAUUCAAAACCAACCUUCAGCAGAGCAGGAGAUGCCUCUGCACUCCAUAGAGAAAGUGAUCCAUUGAUAAUUGGUUUAUGGCUUCAGGGGCCAUAAGAAUAUGGUUUCAAUCUGUUUAGGCCAUUUAUACCUUCAUAUCUUGCCUAAAGAUACUCAGGCUUUGCAUGUGACUUCCUCCUUAUUUCUUUCCCGCAUUUUCAGUUCCACAGGCUGCUUCUUGCUCCUUUUCAUGAACAUCCCUUAUUCUCUCACCAUCCCCGUAUUUGUGACUAAUAUCUGCCUCACAUUCAGCAAAGAUUUCUUUGCUUCCGGAAAGGUUUGGUAAGGUUCUGUCACCCAAAACUGCACAACAAUCCUGGAUCCAAGUUAACAUAUUUUUCAAGGGGGAGGAAUACAUUUUAAGCAUUAUUUUGAUAUUUGCAGUGGAAUUGUAAGUUCUUUCAGUUGUUGUACUAGAUUGUCAAAUAACUGUUGUUCAAAAGACUGGCGUACCUUGUCUCAUUGUGAGCUCAAAAAAAAUGCUCUGCCUGUGCAACCUUUCGCUUUGCUAUUCCCACUGGAUGGUCGGGUGGAUCUCCCUUUCUGUUACAUGGAUGUGUGCCAAAGCUUUUGGUCAUACCUGUUGUAAUGUGGGUAUAUUUAUUCUGAAUUGUUUCUUUUUCCUCCCCCCUCCCCCGGCUCCCAGCAGUUCUGCAAGUCAUGGUGUUGUUGUUGGGUUUUUGUUUUUGUUUUUUUUGUUUUGGUCCUGGAUAGUCGCAGUGUAAAGAGAGAGAAAAAUGAAACUCAACCAAAGAGUCAUAUCUGCAAAGACUGUAGAUAAUCUGUAGAUAUGUGUAGAUAUGUAUAGAUGAGCUUACCAUGGUUACAUUGGGGGGAAGGGGGGAAGAUGGCAAACCAUAACAUUUAUAAAAGGUAUUCAUCUUA